AUGGCCCCAAAAUGCCAAUCUCCGCUCCUGCCUCAACCCAAGAAGCCCAGACUGGCCUCUGCGCUGAAGCCGGCUGACUCGUCGGCCUCACCUAGCUUGCAGAAGGGAGAAAAAGAACAGCAAGAAGCAAUUGAACAUAUUGAUGAAGUACAAAAUGAAAUAGACAGACUUAAUGAACAAGCCAGUGAGGAAAUUUUGAAAGUAGAACAGAAAUAUAACAAACUUCGCCAACCAUUUUUUCAGAAGAGGUCAGAAUUGAUCGCCAAAAUCCCAAAUUUUUGGGUAAAAACAUUUGUCAACCAUCCACAAGUGUUUGCACUGCUUGGGGAGGAAGGUGAAGAGGCGCUGCAAUACCUGACCAGAGUUGAGGUGACAGAAUUUGAAGAUAUAAAAUCAGGUUACAGAAUAGAUUUUUAUUUUGAUGAAAAUCCUUACUUUGAAAAUAAAGUCCUCUCCAAAGAAUUUCAUCUGAAUGACAGUGGUGAUCCAUCUUCAAAGUCCACUGAAAUCAAAUGGAAAUCUGGAAAGGAUUUGAUGAAACGCUCAAGUCAGACACAGAAUAAAGCCAGCAAGAAGAGGCAGCAUGAAGAGCCAGAGAGCUUCUUUACCUGGUUUACAGACCAUUCUGAUGCAGGUGCAGAUGAGUUAGGAGAGGUCAUCAAAGAUGAUAUUUGGCCAAAUCCCUUGCAGUACUACUUGGUUCCUGAUAUGGAUGAUGAAGAAAGAGAGGGGGAAGAUGAUGAUGAUGAAGAAGAAGAAGGAUUAGAAGAUAUUCAUGAAGAAGAGGAUGAGGAUGAAGGUGAAGAAGAUGAAGAUGAUGAUGAAAGGGAAGAAGGAGAGGAGGAUGAAGGAGAAGAUGACUAA